CUUAGGGCGCUGGAAAAGGCAAUGCACCUGACCUCUGGGGAAGCUGAUCUGAGAGGCACGCGGGACGUCUUGGUGUGCGGAAUCUGUGUGGAGAUACGUCUGGAGACAGUGUCAUACUUCCUGACCUUAUAACCAUGCAGCUCAGCAGUCUCUGCGAGAGUCGGCUCCCUGCAAUUUGUGUUCCAGGAUCCAUGGAGCACGUAACACAUCCUGAUGCUGUUCUCAGCCUUCUGUGGCCUCUUGGUCACCGUUUCCUACCAUCUGAGCUGGCAGAGCAGUGACCCAUCUGUGUUCAUGUUCUUCAUUCAAUGCAGACUGUUUCCUAAGUUUUUACAUCAAAAUCUGGAAGAGUCAGCUGCUGAUCCUCUCCCCAAGAAGAUGAAAGAUUCUGUGCAUCACUGCAGGAUGAGUAUUUUGUGUCAAGUGGAUUCAAGGAACAGUGCGAAGGAUCCAUGGCCUCAGUCGUGAAGACCCUCCCAAGAGCCAACUGUCCUGGGCACAUAUAAAUGAGUGGAGACAUGGAACUCACCCUUACAAGGCCUAGAACCCGACAGAGCAUACAAGACUGAAGCCCAGAUAACCAAGAACAGGAAGCUGAAGUCCCCUUAUAGGUCACUAUGGGGAACUUCCUAGGCCCCAGGGCUGGCCUCAUUUGUGCCUGGUGCCGGGAGGCAGUGGCGUCAUGUUGUGGGACUCAGUCUGUGGCAGCUACACCACCAGAAUCCACGACUGCAGAGCCUGACUUUGUAUAUGCCGGAGUGGUGGAGGUCCAGCAUGUGCAGCCCAAGUCAAAGCGGCGCAAAGGUUUGGCUGGCCGCGUGAGGAGCUGGGUACAAAAACGGAGGCGUAAAAAAAUUUGCCCCACUGCAAAUGAAGCUCCUCUUCAAGACCAGAAGAAAACCUUAAAGAGACGUGAAAACCUUAAAGAGACAUCACCUGACAUAGAGAAACAUGUCACCCAGUAUUGCCACCGUGCUGUUCAGGUCCCACAAGACCUCAGCCUGGAACACAUCAAGGAUGAUGAGCCACCCCGUGAUGUGAAGAAGCCCACCGUUUGGUGUUACCGCCGUCCCGUUGAAAUCCCGCAUGACCUCAUAUUAGAAGACAUCGAGGAUGAGGAGCUACCCCGUGACGAGGAGAAGCCCGCCGUUUCGUGUCACCGCCGUCCCGUUGAGGUCCUGCAGGACCUCAUAUUAGAAGACAUCGAGGAUGAGGAGCUACCCCGUGACGAGGAGAAGCCCGCCGUUUCGUGUCACCGCCGUCCCGUUGAGGUCCCGCAGGACCUCAUACUAGAAGACAUCGAGGAUGAUGAGCUACCCCGUGACGAGGAGAAGCCCGCCGUUUCGUGUCACCGCCGUCCCGUUGAGGUCCUGCAGGACCUCAUAUUAGAAGACAUCGAGGAUGAGGAGCUACCCCGUGACGAGGAGAAGCCCGCCGUUUCGUGUCACCGCCGUCCCGUUGAGGUCCCGCAGGACCUCAUAUUAGAAGACAUCGAGGAUGAGGAGCUACCCCGUGACGAGGAGAAGCCCGCCGUUUCGUGUCACCGCCGUCCCGUUGAGGUCCCGCAGGACCUCAUACUAGAAGACAUCGAGGAUGAUGAGCUACCCCGUGACGAGGAGAAGCCCGCCGUUUCGUGUCACCGCCGUCCUCUUGAAAUCAUCUUAGAGGAUGACGAGGAUGAGGACCUACCCCGUGAUGUGGACUCCGUGACAGCCCCAAAUGACCUCCCUCCUCCUGAGGAUUGCAGGAGCCCCAAGUGUGAGGAAGAUGGUGAGGGUUCAUCACUCGCUGUUGACGAUGGUCUUUCUAAGGAUACCUCUUUUCUGCCUCUGCUACUGCAAAAUGUUAAAGCCUUUGGUUUGGGACACAGUUCUGUCAUGGCAGUUACUUAAUCCUGAAGACAACAAGUCUUCCACAGUGUGCCCAGAUGCUUGGGACGAACUGAUGCUCACCUUCUGGCAGCACAUUCAUUUGUCUGUCCUUGCUAUUUACUCCUGCUAUCAAGGGCUCAGUCUGGGCAUGGGGGACAGGAUGAAGAUUUGCUCUGGGGUCAUUGCAAAGCUCUGGUGUCUUGUAAAUGGAGGAAGAAGCACACCCUUGAGCACACUGCUCAAUUUCAUUAUUUAAAUGAGAAUAUGGAUUUUACCAUUAUUUGUUAAAGAGACCUUAUUUUCCCAUUGUGCAUUCUCGGCACCUUUGUUGAAGAUCAGUUGGCUGUGUAUGCAUGCGUUGAAUUUUGGGAUCUGUAUUCCAUAUUUCCAAUACUUAACGGGUGCCCCCGUGCUAGGACCCUGCUGUCUGAAUUUCUGUAUCUUUUCCUCUCAGAUUUCAAUCUCAUGAAUGCGUAUCUGCCAACGUUAUUCUUUUUCAACAUUAUUAUGAUUGAGACAUAUAAGAAUUCAAAAAAAAUGUUGGGUUAUCUUUUCUAUUUCUGCACAUAUGGUUGUUACCAGUUUGAUAGUAGUUGUUGUGCAUCUUUGGAUCAUUUUGUAGUAUUGUGUAUUAGUCAGCUUUUGCCUUCCUGUCUGUGAAUAUGGGACACCUUUUCAUUUAUUUGUACCUUCUCUCCUUCCUUUCAGUCACAUUCUGUUCUUACCAGGUUAUGAGUAUUUCAUCUCAUUGGUUAGAUCCUAAGUAUCUAAUGAUUUCAGAGGUUAUGAUCCAUGGAAUUACAUUUGUAAUCUUGCUAUUGGAUCGUUGAUAUUGAGUGCAUAUUGACACAACUGCCAUUUGAGUGUUAACCUUGUACUCUGCAAUUUUGAUGAAUUUAUUAGCAUGAAUAGCAUCCUUGUAGACUAUCUCCGAUUUUCCAUAUGCAGAAUGUGAAAGAAGUUCUCAGCUUCAUACCUCUCCUCAGGCAUAUUGUGACUGUGAAAGUCUAUUCAUAUUCACCUACUGAAUGGUGUCCUUCCAAUUAGUGGUGCAGUAAGGUCGUUCAGGAAAUACUUUGCCUACUUAUUCCAUCAUUUAUAGUUUUAAUUCUUUGUUCAUGCUAUUGUAUGUUUAUUAUUUUUCCAGUAGAGUAAAAUACAGUAUUUCUGAUUAGAUUCUGCAUACCUGACGUCUCUUGUGCUUCUUUCUUUCCACCAUCAGUUAUCUUUUAAACUCUAGACUUCAGAAUCUGAAGUGAAUCUGGAAUGUGGAAAUGUGAAGGAAAACGCACAAGAAGAAAACCUAAUAUUGCUAUUCCCAUGGCUUCCCUCCUUUCAUCACUAAAUGUAUAUUUAGUUCACAGUAUUUGAGAGCGUGUUACUUCUACUCAUAUCACAAGUUUUCCCAAAUACAUACUGAUAAUAUCUGUGUCUAGGCCAGUUUACCUACGAAAACAUAGUUUUAAACUUACUUUUGUGGAUUAUUCAAAAUUCCCUAUGUACAGAGAUAUGAAUAAUAUGCUUUCACCCACCCUUUUACCCUCCUCAGAAGGAAGGAAGGCACAAAUCAGGUCUCUCGUGACACUAUCCUGAGCACUUUGCCAAGGCUAAGCCACGGUCAUCUCCAUAACUUGGCAACAGCCUCAGUUUGAGCCACUUUUCAUUUAAGAGAAAGAAAUCAUACAGGAUAUGAUGUCACAUGCCUGGAACCUUCCAAUAUGGUAGAUAAUUCUCCUCCCCAAGUAAACUGGUGUUCAUUCCAUUUGACCAGGUCUCUGUGGAUUUUUCAUCAGGUCACUGACUCAUUUGUAGACGGCAUGCACUUACAUUUUCUUUUUUUCAGAAGUAGCUACUGUGUGGAAUUGGGAUGUCACCAAAAGCAUUUUUGAUACUCAUAUCUCAUGCUUUUGUCCCAAGGUUAGAGUUAAGUUGAAAUGACUAUUUUUUGGACAGAGCAGUUGUGCAUUAUGGCAUCACCCCUGACUUGGGAGCUCAUCUCUUGGGUAUGCGUGCAGGCCUGGAAUGUGUUAAGCUUUGAGAUAUCAAGCAAGUCAGUUCUUUUUUAAUUUACCAUUCUGAAGAUCUACAAUACACAGUUUAUUUUAAUAAACCCAUUCAAUCCUCGCUACAGAGCUCACCUAAACAGUGAUUGUUUACUAUCCACACACCCCUUGGAUGGAGAAACUGAAGGGCUAAUGAAUGUGCCCAUGCUUUUAAGCCCCUAAAGGAAGGAGGCAAGAUAUGAACCUAGGGUUAUAGCUCUAAAGCUGAAUUGAUAAUGAAUUGUUGAACUGCAGUCAUUACCCUGAGGAGGAUGGCUCUCAACCCUACCAUCGUGGGUAGGUAGCUGUAAGUUGGUUCCCUCACACAUGAGUCUACAGAGAUCCCAAACACUGCCUAUGAUUCCAAGAUGGCUGCAGCAGUCACGUGGCUUAGGGCAGACAACAGUGAAUGUAACUGCAGGAUAUGGCAUGGCCAUUGGUGUGAAUACUACGGAGCUGCCUUAGAUACCCCUGACAACAGGGUCAAGUGCAAGUUCUGAAUAUUAGGAAGCGGUACUUAGAAAUAUUGAGAAACUCCCUUCAGUGCUGGGGACAUUCCUCAGCAGUUGGCCCCAAACAAAUAAGAUGAAUGGGAUAUUUUUGAGAUAGCUGAAAACUCUUAUCACCACAAGACCUAGAAAUGAUCAACUUCUGCAAACUACAUUAAUUAGACACAAUGACAAGACAGAAAAGGAGCAUAGGUAUCCUCCAUAUGCAAUUACUGCACCUGCAUGACAAUGGAAAGGUGGACUGAAGAAGGAAAUAUUCGUGUGAUGAACACCAGUUGUUUUAUAGAAUAUAAUAAUUUCAAUGUUUCCAAUUCUUCCAUCAUUGGCUAUAACAAAAGUUCAGUACAUAACUAAAAUAGACUGUUUUGCCUAGAAUUGAAUCCGUCUGUCUGAUCAACUUAGCUUUUAUUCAAGGAUUGAAAAUUCUAAAAAACAGAACUGCAGCGACAGCCAUUUAUGUGACAGCCGUUUUCCUUCAUGUGAAUCCAUAAAUGGAAAAAUGUUCCUGGGACAUAAAUCACAUAAACAUAUAUUGUUAUUUCUGUUUGACACAACAAAUCCCUAGUGUCCUCUUCGAAAAAAUAAACCUCACUGUGAUUACACAUUGCAAACCAAAAGGUUAUCUAAAACCAGUCUCAAUUUAGAAGUUUAAUUUGCCAAGGUUAAGGACAUGCUAGCGACACAGCCCCAGGAGGUCCUGAGUACAUAUAUCCAAGGUGAUCAGGCUACAGUUUGGUUUUUACAUGUUUUAGGGAGACAUAAGACAUCAGUUAAUACAUUCGAGAUGUCAAU